AAGCGAAUUCCCGUCUUUGCCCUCACCAGCCGAAAACCCCACGCCUUCCUUUCUCUCUGUCUCCGCUCUCUCUAUCUGUAGUUCUGCACAUCAUAUAUUACGUUCUGUCUUUCGUGCUUGUUGUCUCUCUGUCAAUAGUUCUUCUUCUUCUUCGGCUUCAGUUACGGAGAGCAAAAAGGCACAAUCCUAAUCCCCCCUCCCUCUGGUCAAUCAGCUCCGCCGCUCCACUUCUCCGGCCGCCGAGAUCGCCGAUCCCGACACCCAGCCGGCUUCGCGACUUCGUUUAGAUUUCGGUCAAGCUCUAGUUCGAUUAUCGGGGAACCGGAACGCCGAGCUCCUCUUCUUAUGGAGCGGCUCGUCGGCGGAAAGUACAAGCUAGGUCGGAAGAUCGGCAGCGGAUCUUUUGGUGAAAUAUUUCUCGCUACUCAUGUCGAUACGUUCGAGAUCGUAGCAGUGAAGAUUGAGAAGAGUAAGACGAAGCAUCCACAGUUGCUUUACGAGGCCAAGCUUUAUAAUAUCCUGCAAGGAGGAAGCGGCAUUCCCAGCAUAAAGUGGUCCGGUUUGGACGGGGAGGACAAUGCGCUAGUGCUUGAUUUGCUCGGGCCGAGCCUUGAGGACCUGUUUGUCUACUGUGGGAGGAAGUUCUCGCUGAAGACUGUGUUGAUGUUGGCUGAGCAAAUGAUUACGAGGAUUGAAUAUGUACAUUCGAAAGGUUUUCUGCACAGAGACAUUAAACCUGAUAACUUCCUCAUGGGUCUUGGUCGUAAAGCAAACCAGGUUUAUAUAAUUGAUUUUGGGCUUGCGAAAAGAUAUAGAGAUUCAACAUCAAAUCGCCAUAUUCCUUACAGAGAGAACAAGAACUUGACAGGAACUGCUCGCUAUGCAAGUUGCAACACUCAUCUUGGCAUUGAGCAAAGCCGGCGUGAUGAUUUGGAGUCACUUGGCUAUGUGUUGCUAUAUUUUUUGAGAGGAAGCCUUCCAUGGCAGGGUCUGAAAGCGGCUACGAAGAAGCAGAAAUAUGAUAAAAUAUGUGAAAAGAAAGUAUCUACUCCUAUUGAGGUUCUAUGCAAAUCUCAUCCGGUGGAAUUUGUUUCUUACAUGGUUUACUGCCAUUCAGUGACAUUUGAUCAACGGCCUGAUUAUGGAUUCUUGAAGCGCCUAUUUCGCGAUCUAUUUGUACGUGAAGAAUACGAGUUUGAUUAUGUAUUCGAUUGGACCAUUAUAAAGUACCAGCAGGCACAAAAGAAUCAAACUCAACCUCGAUUGCCGCAAGUAACUGGAAGAAGUGACAGCCAUGCAGUUCAAAGAGAGAACGCAAAUCAACAAGGAAGUAGUAAUGCUGCUUAUGCUUCUGAGGUUGUACAAUCUACGGGUCAUGGCAUUCAUAUGCAAUUGAAAUCAUCAACUGGCAAGCAUGUGGUUUCUGAUAAUCAUGCUGACAGGAACGUUGUGAGUGAUGCACAUAUGCCUUCUAGUUCAUUUUCAUUUGCUGGGUCAAGAAGGAAUGCUGCAAAACCUGGCGGCUUGCCAACUGAAGCAACAAGUGGCCAUGGACAUUCUAGCAAGGUUGCUCCAUCUGGCAGCUGGAUCUCAGCAUUGCAGCGCAUUCAUUCUGCCAAAUGAUCUGGAUGGUAGUUUCUGCAUCCCUGUUUGCAUACUCACUACUAGUUAGAUAAUUGUUUAUUCAGCAACUAAGUUUUAUAUUUGUUCUGUGGUUAGCUGUGAUGUUGUCAAAGGAGGUUAUAAUGAUACAUCAGUUGGAGGCUGAAAAAAAGUUGGCGAUCUGGUAUCAUGCUUUCAGCUAUUAUUGUAAUCGAGAUGCAGAUGCUUGCAAUCCAAUGUGCUUUGUUCUUGUUGAAAGUGGACCGCAGUAUAUGUUCUUUGAGGUCUGUUAUAAAUUACCAACUACCGCAGGCUUGGUUGUGCUGUACAUAGUUGCUUAAAUUAAUCAUGCAAACACUGUAUUUCUGAUUUCAUGUAAGCGGAAUCAAAUGUGAAGCUUUUAGCAAAAGACACUUGUCUUUUAAAUAGUUGGUCUUGACAGUAUUGGUUAUCUCUCAGUUCAACAGUUCCGAGUUCAUGAAUUCUGCAUGUAUGCUCUUCCUUGAUACACAAAAAUAUGUAUAUCUGAGCUUAUGUGCGUAAUAGUUGGAUAAAAAAAGCUGCACCAUCCACCAUAGUUACCAUUGACAUGAUGGGAGACGAAUGGACCUUUUUGUACCAUAUUCCCUUCAUUUGUAGGCUAUGUUUCUCAUGCUAGCCAGUUUGACAUUUGAUCAGGUAGUAUACCGCCUUUGUCCGCUGAAUGCUCAUUUGCAAGAGUCGUGUUUGUCUUGCACAUUGGAUUUGUAAGUGAUGGGUAACUUAUGUUCAUUGUUGAUCUUGUCUGGUCAUUAGUGUAUGAAGUUGUCUUGACCACAAAGAAUUUUGAAUGCAUUUCUACUUUCUGGGUAAUUCUUUAGCUUAUUUUGCAGCAUUAUUCGUGAUAACCAUUCAUCCAGUGGCAUAUCUGUAUCAUUUGCCAUUGUUUUUCCGAGUAACUCAAGUGAGAUUUAUUUGGCAACUCUUCUAUCCAUGUUGUGUCUUUCUGCUUUCAUUUAUGUGGAAUUAUUUGUUCCCACAUGCUAUCACACAUUGAUUUAUGUUUGAAUAAUUAUGAGAUAAUUGAUAUUUUUUUUUUUAGUUAUAGGUCAAGUACUGUUUUCUAGAAAUAUGGAGCUCUUGUUUUGAGUAAUUUGUUACAGUUCUUGGUAAAGUAGAUGCUGGGUUUGAAGAGUCAAUGGAAUGUAGACGCUUCGAAGAAGAUCAUAUUGAUCUGUUCAAUUAUCGAUUAAUAUUCUCUAAUUUGCAGGUUCUUUUGUAGCACGACAUUGUCCACAGAAGUUAAUCACAACUGGGAACCAUGGACAUGAUGGAGUUUCAGAACUACGGAAGAUCUGACAGUUCCGAGCUGAUUGAGUAAGUGGCUGCAAGCUGCCAUGCCAUGUCUCGCGGUUGUAAUUGAUAUUCACGGAUGUCGGUGUCACUGCGGCUCCAGAUUCAGUUGCAGCACUGCAUGCUUCCCCAUUUGCAUGUUCUAUCCAUGUAAGAAAACCGAAACUGGCGCGCUCCUUUUUGUUGCUGGUACUAAGAAAGGUGCCAGCAAGAUGGUAUCCCCACUUCUACAGUUAAAGUUUGG